AUGAAUACAACAGAGGAACCGUGUGUUGGAUCUCCAGAGUUUUGUAAUUUGACUCGCGAGGAAUAUGUGACAAUGUUAAAUGCAUAUAUUUAUCCGCAAACAUACGAAUGGGUAUUAAUUGGAACGCACACUGCAGUAUUCAUUAUAGGACUGGUUGGAAACGCUCUGGUGUGUAUAGCGGUGUACAGAAACCACACAAUGAGAACUGUCACCAACUAUUUCAUUGUGAAUUUGGCAGUUGCUGAUUUUAUGGUGAUACUUUUCUGCUUGCCUCCAACUGUGCUUUGGGAUGUAACGGAAACUUGGUUUUUAGGACAUGCUCUAUGCAAAGUAUUGCUGUAUUUUCAGUCAGUAUCAGUGACGGUGUCAGUUCUAACGCUGACAUUCAUAUCACUCGACCGUUGGUACGCGAUCUGCUUUCCACUUGAGUUCAAGUCCACAACCGGCCGCGCCAAGACCGCUAUCCUUAUAAUUUGGACCAUUUCACUACUUUUUAAUACUCCUGAGCUGGUUGUCUUAACCACGGUGAAGAUGGUCCCGUUACGCUUCGAACUGGAGUAUCUAGUCCAGUGCAUGGCAACUUGGUCGUCCAACAGUGAUCUUGUCUGGCACAUUAUCAAGAUUCUAUUUCUUUACACAAUUCCACUGCUACUGAUGACUAUUGCGUAUCACCAAAUAGUGAAGGUGUUGUGGCGCUCAGACAAGAUUCCAGGACAAGCAGAGACCAAAAAAUUGGCCUCCGCUGAACAGAUUCAACUCCGUUCUAGAAGGAAGGCGGCCAAGAUGUUAGUGGCAGUUGUCGUUAUGUUUGCGGUAUGCUACUUCCCGGUCCACCUGCUUUCUGUGCUCAGAUACACCUUAGACAUGGAGCAGAAUGAUGUCAUCACCUUACUUGCUCUUCUGUCGCAUGUCAUGUGCUACGCCAAUUCUGCGAUCAAUCCACUGAUAUACAAUUUCAUGAGUGGUAAAUAUCGAAGGGAAUUUCGCCGGGCGUUCUGCUGUACAUCGAAACCGAUCCACGAGACUCUUACUAUUACAACUCGAAUACUAUCCAGAAAUAAGAAACAAGGCAGUCUUCAAAGCGAUAAAGACCAAAGAGAAUACGCCUGUAAUCCAUCUGUGAUUAGAAACAGCAUUCGAAACACUUACUUACAAUAG